AUGUUUUGGUAUGCUAAAAGCCCUCGAUCCAAACAAAGAUUUCGGCCGUCGCAAAGUGAUCGAUUCGGCGCCAAAUCGCAAUUUAGCUCCUUGCCCCUGAACAACGAACCCACCAUGAAAUAUUUUUCGACUCGUGGAGGAAACGAGAGGCUGUCUUUUGAGGAGACAGUUCUCACUGGACUGGCACCCAAUGGUGGCUUGUACAUCCCCGAACAUAUCCCAACACUGCCCGCAGACUGGAGGACGAAAUGGAAAAACUACUCCUUCGUCGACCUUUCGGUAGAGAUCCUGUCCUUGUACAUCUUCCCCGAAGAGAUCUCCAGGGAUGAGCUCCGCGGUCUGGUCGAAAAGUCCUACAAAACCUUCCGCCAUCCCGAAGUGACUCCGCUUCACAAGCUCGACGACAAAACGUUCGUCCUCGAGUUGUUCCACGGGCCGACGUUCGCUUUCAAGGAUGUUGCUCUUCAACUGCUUGGAAAUCUGUUCGAAUUCUUUUUGUUGAGGAGGAAUGCGAAGAAGGCUGCUGGGGAGGAGCAGGAAAGCUUGACUGUUGUUGGAGCGACUAGUGGAGAUACUGGAAGUGCUGCGAUCUAUGGAUUGAGAGACAAGGAGAAUGUCUCGAUCUUCAUCCUUCACCCGAAGGGACGGGUUUCCCCCAUCCAAGAAGCCCAGAUGACCACCGUGACGGAUGCAAAUGUUCACAACGUUGCUGUGAAGGGUACCUUUGACGACUGCCAGGACAUUGUCAAAGCCCUCUUCGGCGACAAGGAAUUCAACGCAAAGCACCACCUUGGCGCCGUCAACUCUAUCAACUGGGCCCGCAUCCUUGCCCAAACCGUCUACUACUUCCUCUCCUACUUCCACUUCCAAGCACAACUCCCACAGGACGGCUCCGCUCAAGACGUCGAGCUCCAAUAUGUCGUCCCCACCGGCAAUUUCGGUGACAUCCUCGCGGGCUACUACGCCAAGCGGAUGGGUUUGCCGCUGGGCAAACUCGCUGUUGCGACCAACGCGAAUGAUAUUCUUGCCAGGUUCUGGAAGAGCGGGCGAUAUGAGAAGGUGGAUUCGUCCUCGACGGAAAGUGGGAGCGUGUCGACCGAUCCUGUUAGCGGCGCGUCGGAUGGAAAGCAGGCUACCAUCGAUGCUAGUGGAGUCAAGGAGACGCUCAGCCCGGCGAUGGAUAUCCUCGUCUCGAGCAACUUCGAGCGUCUCUUGUGGUAUCUUGCCUACGAGAACGCUGAGGGUGCUUCCGAUGACGAGAAGAGGGCGGCUGCCUCUGCUACCCUCGAUAGCUGGAUGGCCAAGGUGAAGACCGACGGGCGAGUUGAAGUUCCCGUCUCUGUCCUCGAGUCUGCCAGGCGUGAUUUCGUUGCUGAGAGGAUAGGAGACGAGGAGACUCUUUCCACCAUCAAGCUCUACUUUGAAGGUCAACCAUCAUAUGUCGCAGACCCUCAUACCGCUGUGGGUCUUGCUGCAGCUCGCCGUCUGGCCGCAUCCAACGCUCCCAACGUCCGACAAAUCAUCCUCUCUACCGCUCACCCCGCCAAGUUCUCAGAAGCUGUCUCUCGUGCCUUGGAAGGAUCAUCCAACUUCAACUUUGAACGUGACGUGUUGCCAGUUGAGUUCCAAGGAUUGCUGGAACGGGAAAGGCGGGUGAUCGACGUUGAACGACCUGAUGUCGACUUGGUGAAAGGUGUCAUCGAGCAGUUCGCCAAAGAGAAAUAG